UAAUCCCAGGAAUCGCCUCGUUGGCUUGCGUCAGUUAACCGAAAAGAUGGUGCCCUCAAGAACCUUGCCUAGCUGCGAAGACUUCCACCCACCUCUGAGCAAAUCCUGCACGAGAUGGCCGAAAUCGAUGCUGUUGCUGAGGAAGAGCGCUUGGCUCGCGAGGAUCUGCAGUGGAAAGAAGUAUUUUUUGGAGUAUAUGGCGUCGUCAAACUGGCAUCCACGUUGUUGUUCGUGAAUCCAAGAGUCGCCACUUCUACUACAAUCCAAAAUUUUUAUACUUAUCUUCCCCUCACCUUGUCCAACCUCCUAUUCAUCUUCCAACUUCGACAUUGACAUCGAUGGUUGAAGGCGCAGUGAUACGGAUCCAGG